CUGAAAGCGUUUGGGAGCACAGCACACGGCUUUAACCCGAGUGAGAUGCGAAUGUGGAGAGAGGGUUAGUUUAGAGAGGGUUAGUUUAGAGAGGCAUUUGCGCGCAGGGGUGAAGCAGUGAGGACAAGGAGCAGCGAGACUGAGCUGAUGCGUUAGAGAGCUCCACUGAUGCAUCGCGCUCAACGAUCCUAAACAAGUUUUUUCGUGGUUUUAUUUUUUUGCAGCCCCCCCAAAAAAAUCCAUUAAAACCCCCCGAGCAUAUCAACUUGUCCCGAUCCGCUGUGAUGGCUUCAAUCCUCGGCGGCAGCAGCGGCGGCGGUGCGGGAAGCGGCCAGAUCAGGUGCAAGUUUAAACGCAGAAGGAGGAGAAGAUCCAAGCGCAAAGAAAAAGUGAGCAGUAUGCUUUCUGCACUGAUUGUCCCCUUCAAGUAUAUGAGUCCAGGUCCGAGCAGCACAGAAGAUGAAGACACGCUAAGUACCAGUAGUACGGAGGUCAAAGAGAACUGGAACUCGGGGAAUUUUGAGGACCGCUCAAUCUUGGCAUCAGACCGUCCGUCCUUCUUCCUGUCUGAUUCGUCACGGAGCAGUACGGGCACUCUGAAACGAAAGCGUCCGUUAGAGGAGGACAACAACGGGCGUGUGUGUGAGCUGCGAGUGUGCUGCAGAAGGUCCUCAUGGUCCGACGCACCGAAGAACGCAGUGGUGCAGCUGAACGAGCUGCGUCCAGGUCUGCAGUACCGCACUGUGUCUCAGACAGGCCCUGUUCACGCUCCACUAUUCUCCAUCGCAGUUGACGUCAACGGGCUUACGUUCGAGGGAACAGGGCCUACUAAGAAAAAGGCUAAGAUGAGGGCAGCUGAGCUGGCGCUUAGCUCAUUUGUGCAGUUCCCUAACGCCGCUCAGGCUCACUCUGCGAUGGGAGGAGUAUCAAAUCCCACCACGGACUUCACCUCGGACCUAUCGGACGUUCCAGAGACGCUCUUUAAGGGUUUUGAAACAGAGGGUUUCCGUUCGGCCAAGUCUGAGUUGUUGUCUAGCGCCCUCCGAUUGCGCCACACGCUGGACUUAAUGGUUGUACAAGCGAGGCAAGGUGACGCCCACUUUUCCACGCCUCCACCGACACCUGAGCCGCCUCCUCCACCCAGCCCCAUAGUGCUGCUGAAUAAUCUGCGGCCGGGAGCGCGCUACGCCUGCCUGUGCCAAAGCACCCGGGGCCGCCGUGCUCGCCGCUGUUUCGUGAUGGCCGUGCUGGUGGACGGCAGAAUAUUCGAGGGCACCGGCUGCAGCAAGAAGCUGGCAAAGAGAAAAGCAGCACUGAGUGCCCUGCAGGCGCUCUUCAACAUCACACAGGCACCCGAGGCGAGAACGGGUAUGAUCAAGCGGCCUCAUUUACCCCAGGACUUUGCAGAUGCUGUGUUUCGUUUGGUGAUGGAGAAAUACAGCGAGCUGAUUGGCUGCUCCGCCCUCAUGCACACGUGUCACAAAGGCCUAGCGGGCAUCAUCAUGACCAGAGGGUUGGAUGUGAGACAGGCUGAAGUGGUAGCUCUGGCUACAGGCACUAAGUGUAUUAAUGGAGAGUAUCUGAGUGACCAAGGCUUGACGGUCAACGACUGUCAUGCAGAAAUCGCAGCCAGACGAGCGUUACUUCGCUUUCUCUACUCACACCUCGAGCUGCACCUCAGUAAACAAGAGGAGGACAAGGAGCAGUCCAUUUUCGUUCGACAUAAAGACUCGUCGUUCAGGCUGAGAGAGAACGUCCUCUUCCACAUGUACAUCAGCACAUCACCGUGCGGAGACGCCCGCAUUAACUCACCCUACGAGCUCAGCACCGACUUCUCGGUGAACAGCAGCAGGCCGGUGGUGAAGAAGUUCCACAGCCGUCUAAGGAGUAAGAUCGAGUCAGGGGAAGGAACGCUGCCGGUCAGGUGCAGAUCAGCCGUACAGACGUGGGAUGGAGUGAUGCAGGGUGAGAGUCUGGUCACGAUGUCCUGCACUGACAAGAUCGCCAGGUGGAAUGUACUUGGCCUUCAGGGGGCGCUGCUGAGUCACUUUGUGGAGCCCGUGUAUCUGUACAGUGUGACUGUAGGCAGCUUGACACACACCGGUCACCUCUCCAGAACACUCAACCAGAGGAUGGAGCAUCUGGGCUCACUUCCUGCCUGCUACCGUCGCAACCAGCCUCUACUCAGCAGUCUAAGCAGCAGCAGUGAGUGUUGGCAGCAGCUCAAGGCUUCGUGCUUCAGCGUGAACUGGACUGCAGGAGACGAGCAGCUGGAGGUGAUCAACGCCUCCGUGGGCAAACGCAGAGACUGUGGAGCUCCAUCACGACUCUGUAAACGUGCACUUUUCACACGCUGGAACAGAGUCUAUCGCAAACUGGUAGCGAGCGCUCCGGGUUCGAGCGGCGGCCUGCUGACGUACGGCGAGGCCAAGCGGGCGGCAGCGUCGUACCAGAGCGCUAAGGAGCAGUGGGUGCGUGCGCUACGGGAAGCCGGAUUGGGGACGUGGGUCAGGAAACCGGCGGAGCAAGAACGCUUCGUGCUGACGCCGUGAAACCAGAACUCGAACAUAAACACGGCAGGAUGAGGGCAUGAAGACUUGAUCCUGAGGAGCAGGAAAAAAAUGGGUUUUGGGAACGACUCUUUUAUUUUCACCUUCCAGCGUCCCCUCUUUUUCUUCCAUCUCACCUGCAGCUGUUACACUCCAAUAAAGCUGUGUGUGUGUGUGUGUGUGUGUGUGUGUGUGUGUGUGUGUGUGUGUUAACCUUCGGCAAAGUGAAAGGCAGCAGCCACGUCGUCAUCGCUGGCCCAUUUCCGGAUUCUCAGCCCCUGUAGAUUUCUUGGCGCACCGUCCAAUUAAAGGUGCUGUCAGAAUGAUGGGCCCCUCCCCCUCUUCUCUCAAUCUCUCUCUCUCUCUCUUUUUGUCUCACACACUUAUUCAAGCUGUACCUCUUUCCUUUUCAUCAAACACACUCGCUCCUUCGCGCUCACCUCUGACGGAAAGAAAGUAGGAAAGAAAAAGAGAGCAGGAGGGUGAUUUGACAUUGCAGCGACAGGUUAAUUCAAGCCCUUUUGUGUGCAGCGCAGGGAAUAUAAAGAGACGAGAGGAAGAAAUAGUGACAAGCGAACAUAAACGGUGCCAUUAAAGCGUGGAGGGUCUGCAUGCGGCGCUCGGGAGGGUACGCCGUGCCAGGUUUCUCGUGACACACGUACUUGUUUUUUUUUCUUCUUUCUAUUAUGUUGCUUCACUGUAGAUUUACAUUAUAUAGACACAAGUUUGUAGACACCUGCGCUUCUUUUUAAACAUCCUGUUCCACAUUUAGUUUCUAUUCAUUGGCUUAUAAUAACCUCCACUCUUCUGGGAGGAUGUUCCACUAGA